AUGGCUACUGGACUUUGCGAGAACUGUCAUAAGACGCCAAAAUUCGGUACUCAUAAGUACUGUGGCAAAACGUGCGCCGCUCAAGCGGCCACUACGCAGCAACCUGCGCGUCGCGCGAAAUCAGGACCACUUCCCAAUGCAAAAGUUCCUCCACCAGCCUCAAAGCAAGUACGACUCUGCGAUUAUUGUGGGCAAAAACCGAAGUUCAAUAACUUUGAUUAUUGCGGUAAAUCGUGCGCGUCGAAAGCCGCUACCACUCCUCCUGUGCAGCCUGCUGUACAAGGACGAUCUGCGCCGAAGCAAGGUGUUCGCCUUCCUGCCACUGCUCAGCCUGUGCCGCCACCUGCUCAGAUUCAGCACAUCAAAACAUCUAAAUCAGCAAUGCGCCACGCAGCUACAACUGUAGCCAAAGAUGAUUCAAGUGAGGAUUGUGACGAUGAUGAGUACCCUGACGCGGAUGAGGAAGACGAAGACGACACGGGUACCGGCACAGACCUGGACGCCUAUCCAUCGGAUGACGACGAAGAACCUGCUCCAGCUCCUCCGACACGAUCAGUCAAGACUGCGCACGCUCCGCUGAAACAAAGCACCCCAGCCCGUCGUGCAGCUGGCACCUGCCUUGUCCCCACCUGUGGAAAACCAUCUUUCGUUGAUAGAGGUGGGGUUAAAACAGAAUACUGCUCCACACGCCACCGAGAAGAAGCGGUGACCCUCGGACUGGUUCCUGGAUGCAUUAUGUGUCAACGCUACCCACAGAGUGGAAUGGAUUACUUCUGCUCUACCGCUUGCAGAAAUCAAUCUAUGACGAAAAUCUAG